UGAUACUACUUAUCUCACAAACAAAUAUGACAUGCCCUUUGCUCCCUUCGUUGGAGUUAAUCACCAUGGUCAUUCUAUACUUUUAGGAUGUGGACUUAUUUCCAGUGAAGAUACGAAUACUUUUGUGUGGUUGUUCCGAACUUGGCUUGCUUGUAUGGGUGGCGUUGCUCCUCAAGGUAUUAUCACAGACCAAGACAGGGCCAUGAAGAAUGCAAUACAAUUGGUAUUUCCUACUACCAAUCAUAGACUAUGUCUAUGGCAUAUAAUGAAGAAGUUGCCAGAGAAAUUCGGAUCUCACGCUGAGUAUGAGAAUAUAUCUCGUUUAAUACACGAAGCUAUUUACGAUUCUCAGAGCAUUAAUGAUUUUGAAGGUGUUUGGAGGACAUUGAUCGAAAUAUAUCAUCUUGAAGGAAAUGCUUGGUUGUCUUCGUUGUAUUUGGAUAGGGCGAUGUGGGUGCCAAUUUUUGUCAAAAAAUACUUUUGGGCUGGGAUGUCUACAAUGCAACGAAGUGAGAGUAUGAAUUCUUUUUUUGAUGGGUAUGUCAACUCGAAGACCACUCUUAAGCAAUUUGUUGAGCAAUAUGAAAAUGCUCUAAGGAAAAAGGUAGAGAAGGAAUGUCAGGCGGACUUUGAAUCAUUCAAUAAGCAAAUUCCUUGUGCUACAUUUUACGAUAUGGAGAAGCAAAUUCGGAAUAUUUACACAGCGGGAAAGUUCAUUGAAUUCCAAACUGAAUUGACUGGUAUGAUGUAUUGUGGCAUUAAGAAUGUUAUUGGAUCUGACUCUACGAAGCAAUACAUUGUGUAUGAGGAUGUUGUAUAUGGUGAAAGUGGAAAGAAGAAAGUUUUAUUCAACGUCUCGUACGAAGGGCUGGAAGUCAGUUGCUCUUGUUUGAGGUUUGAAUUUCGUGGUAUUUUAUGCAGACAUGCUAUUACUGUUCUUAUUAGUAAUGACCGAUAUGAAUUGCCAACACAAUACAUAUUUAAUCGGUGGAGGAAGGAUGUUCGAAGAAGUCAUUCGCGUGUCAAAAUUAGCUGUGAUGGGUGGACAUUGUCACCCGAACAACGCCGAUAUGAUGACAUGUGCAAAUCAUUUACCAAGUUGGCAGACUUGGCAGCUGAUGAUGAAGUCUAUUAUCUUAAUGUGAUGCAGUGGAUUGAUGCAUCUUCGAGAACUAUGGCACCUAAUGCAACUCCAGUUUUAAUUAGGGGCUCAUGCAAUUCCAAUGACCCAAUUACAAAGAGAGGUAAAGGACGACCCUGCAGUGUAAUUAAGAAGAAGACUUAUAGAAGGAAACGCAAUGGGAGUUGUAGUACCUCUGCUGGAGCAUCAGUGACACAAGAGGAUGAGGAACAUAGUCAAGCUCUUUGAUUGUAAUUCAAUUAUGAUUGUUAUUGUCUAUUUUGUCUACAUUGUUGUUUGAGGCAAUUAUUAUGUAUUUUUAUAGACCAACCAUUUGU